CCAAUCGCUGCGUACCCUAGGGAAAGAGGCACUGAGACUUGCAAGCCCCUACGCGCACAGUCAAGUUCCGCCACUGAUUCGUCGUGUGCUUUUGCAUCGCUGUGUAAAUCUAAUCAUAUCACUUUGACCAUCAUGGGUUUUUAGCGAGCUGGUUGGACGGAGCCGAGUCUCUUGCCGCAGUCCAAACUGAAACCUGGUUAACCCUGGGACUGGUGGACCUCAACUAAAAGGCGCAAACAUGCCACCAACAUUUAAGAAGCCCCUGGACUACGAUCCAGGGCUUGCGCAGCAGACGCUUCAAAAGUCGUAUCAAAACUCGGACGCUGCAGUAGAGGCGCGGAAGCGGACGCUUCUGGCCGAGCUGGGUCUUGCGGAUGAGGAGUAUGAGCUGGACGAUGAGGAAGAGGAGGAGCUUGGGGAGGGAGAGGAGGGUCCGGGGGAGGGUGACGAGAACGAUGAGGAGCCCAUCCUCACCCGGGGCCACAAGCACACCAACGGCACGGCGUCCAAAGCUGCGCUCCCCUCUUACGGGUAUCGUGACCUUUUUGGCAAGGAGAUGGAGGGGCGCCGUCGCCAGAUGAUUGAGGUGAAGGGCUACGACCAGUACCUCCAGGACCUGCUCAACCGCAGCGGGGAGCAGCUGCAGGCCCUGCGCUCGGAGAAGGGGCUGAUGUACCCGGGCAAUGUGGAGGUAAUCCCGGAGCUGCAGCACGAACUGCGCAAGCUGCAAGAGGAGAACCGCAACUUGCGCAACUCUGGCGCGCGCAGCACGGACGGCGAGGCGAGCUCCCGCGGCAGCAGUGAGCUGGCGCAGCAGGUGUCGAGCUUGCAGCAGCAGCUGGCGGUGCGCGAUGCGCGCCUGCGGGAGGCGGAGGCGGAGGCGGCCCGGCUUAAAGCGCGGCUCGCACAAGCCGCGGAUGGCCCAUCGCCGCGCGGGGCAGCGGCGGCUGCGCCUCUGGAGGAGCUGCGCGCGGUGGAGGCGCUGCUGGCGGAGUCGCAGGCCGCGCUGCAAGCCAAGGAGCGGGAGCUGACCGCACUUCGCGCCAGCAAGGCGGCGGCGUCGGCCGGCGGCGCCGCCGACGCGGUUAAGGAGCUCACCAGGCAGCGGGACGACGCGGUGCAGGCGCAGGAGCUGCUGCAGCAGCAGCUCAUACACGCCCGCAAUGACCUGUCGACUGCGGAAGCGAACUUCCGGGCGCAGCAGGCGGCCAUGGCGGCGGCAACGGAGAGCGAGCAGGCCAAGGCGCUGCAGCAGCAGAUGUGGGCGCUGACGGAGCAGCAUAGCAAGAAGGUGGAGGAGCUGGAGGCGGAGCUGAAGCAGAAGCAGGUCAUGAUCCAGCAGCUGCAGGCCACCAAGAGCGAUGCGCUGCAGGCCAUGAAGGAGAUGAAGGGCAGGAUGGCAGCUGUCAAGUCAGACGCGGCGGCGGCGUACAAGACGCAGCUUAUGGCCAUCCAGGCCAAGCUGGACGAGAUACAUGCGCUGCGGGAGGGCGUGCUUGAGGAGCUGGUCAAUUUCCAGAGCGAGAUAUUCUCGGAGAAGACCAUCACGCAGAUGUCGCGGCUGGUCCGGGACAAGGAGAUCUCCCGCGUGCGGUCGGCGCAGAGCGACCUCCGCACCAAGCUGGCGGAGAUGGACCAGGCGCUGCGGGACGCGCGCGACGAGACGGAGACUGUGCGGCAGCAGUCGGAGCAAGUGGCCAAGAUCCGGGAGCUGGAGGCGCAGGGCCAGAUCAUGCACUUCCGGGAAAAGUGGCGCACCGAGUUCGACAAGCGGCGCAAGCUGCAUAACGUCGUGCUGGAGCUCAAGGGCAACAUCCGCGUGCUGUGCCGCGUGCGCCCGAUGCUGGACAAGGAGCGCGGCGGGCUGGACGCGGCGGCGGCGGCGGCCAGCAUGCCGGUGCGCUGUCCCACCGAGGAGACGGUGCGGGUGGCUGCGGUGGACAACAAGGCGGAGAAGGAGUUUGAGUUUGACCGCGUGCUGUCGCCGGAGGAGGGGCAGGACAAGCUGUACGACGAGGUGGCGGCGCUGGUGGUGAGCGUGCUGGACGGCUACAACGUGGCCAUCAUGGCGUACGGCCAGACCGGCAGCGGCAAGACCUUCACCAUGGAGGGCCCCGAGGGCAACCCAGGCGUCAACCUGCGCGCGCUGGGCGACCUGUUCCGGCUGGCGGAGGAGCGGGCGGCCGAGUACGCGUUCAGCUUCUCGGCCAGCGUGCUGGAGAUCUACAACGAGCAGAUCUACGACCUGCUCAUGAACGGCGCGCAGGACGGCGACAAGCUGGACGUGAAGCAGGGCCCCGACGGCAUGUACGUGCCGGGCCUGAAGCUGGAGGAGGUCAAGGACAUGGGCGAGGUGACAGCCAUGAUCGGCCGCGGCAAGGCCAACCGCUCCACCUACGCCACCAACAUGAACGAGCACUCCUCGCGCUCGCACCUGGUGCUGUCCGUGUACAUCACCGCGGUCUCCAAGCAGAACGGCACCACGCUCAAGGGCAAGCUGCACCUGAUCGACCUGGCCGGCAGCGAGCGCCUCAGCCGCACCGGUGCCCAGGGCGACCGACUCAAGGAGGCCCAGGCCAUCAACAAGUCGCUGUCGGCGCUGGGUGACGUGAUCCAGGCGCUGCAGCAGCGCAACGCGCACAUCCCCUACCGCAACUCCAAGCUGACGCGGCUGCUUGAGGACUCCCUGGGCGGCAACAGCAAAUGCGUCAUGAUCGUCAACGUCUCGCCCGCGGCUGAGAACGUCAGCGAGACCAAGUGUUCGCUGGAGUUCGCGUCUCGCGCGCGCAAGGUGGAGCUGGGCAAGGCGCGCGUCAACGUGGUGUCGGCCGACGGCGGCAACGGCAACGGCGUCAGCCCCUCGCCCAGCCGCGGCCCCGCCAGCGGCCGCGCCACGCCCUCGAGCGAGGGCAGCAUGAGCCGUGUGGCGAGCCGGGAGCAGAUGACCACCAGCACGGGGCGGCGCACGCCGGGCCCCAGCGGCUUGAGCCGGUAGCGCACAGCACACGGGACAGGCAGGGGACAGGCAGUUAGGUCUGAGCUUGGCGGGGUUUGUAGAUACUAGCCCAAACUUGGGGCUUGUGUACGUGUGACGUGAUGCUACCGACGAUUCCAAUAAUCAGUCGAGGACAGCACAUACGGCGGCAGGCGCGUGUGCAGUGGGCUGAUGCCGGUGUGCGGCCCAAGGGGGGGUGGGCGGCAGCCCCUCUAGCAGGAGGGCGCGUGCGUGCUUGCGUGCGAUGAUACGAGCGAUUCAAGAAACUCUCCUUGUACGAUUUUGUCUGCAGUCACGGUGACAGGACUCUCAAUGUCUGCAACAGUUGUGACGGGACGGCGUGAGUGCGUAUGGUCUGGUGAAACCUAUAAGUAACUGCUUGGCGCAAUGCUCUUCGCUCAAGCCACACGUGACUAGGCCUGCUAGAAUAUAUUGUACCACCGGUACGGUGGGACGUGACUUGCGGCUGUCAGAAGGAGUCCCAUGCGCUAUGGGUUCCCUUGCAAUCUAACGUGGGACCUCACGCGGAACCUCACGUGGUGUUGGCUGACAGUGGUGUACUG